AUCUUCUAUGGUCCUGAUAUCGAUGAUGUAUUGGAAUACUAUCAAUACGGCUUCCUUGCUUGGUAUACGAUCAGACUUGAAACCGGUUUCCCUGUCGGAUUUAAUAAGCUGUAUACCUACAUCACGUUUACAUCAACUGGAAUGAUCCACUUUUCAAACUACUAUCCUCAUUACUAUCAUCUAUAUAAAUACAUCAACCCAUCAACGUUUAGAUUCACGGACCAGCUCUACAGAGACCCCGCCAUUGCGGUAUUUGGUGCACCGGUCGAUCUCUACAGAGGUAGCCCAAGCAUCUUCUUUCAGGUAUACGACAUUAACAAGUCAUAUGGAAACUCUGAGUCCCAGCUCUCAGUGCUUAAACAAAAAAUCUAUGAGUCCCGGUCACUGCCGUCAGGGAUAAAUUCUCAUCAUUUCAUUGAAGGGAUCAACUUCUUUUUUAAGAUUACUUGGUAUAGGGUCCAGCCUCAAGGAUCUAUUCCUGGUGUAGAGACGAAUACCUAUCAAGCCGUUCUUUUCACUGACGGCAGGAGAAGUGGUAUCUUGAAUAUGUAUCAAGAAGGCAGUUUCCGAUGGGACCCACCCUCUAAGUCGAUACCGGCGAGGAUUGGAUGGAACAUCAAGCAUAAUCGGUAUAAUAGAUACGAAGGCUACACCCAAGAUAUACGGUACGAAAGCUAUCGCCCCGAUCUAAGAAAUGGCAGCACCGGUCUACUGGGUAGAGACAUUUACCGUCUUGAUGACAAUCCUGACUCGUAUAUCAAUGCACGCCGAUACUGUCAAGACUGGUAUGGCAAGGAUCUUUCUUUUGGCCAAGGAUCUGUCCUAAGGGCGUGGUCUGCAGAGCCAUGCCCUUGCACCCGAUGGCAGGCCCAGAUAGAUCAGAGGUUUACCCCUUGCAACAACCCUUUGUACGGUUAUGGCUCCGGUUACGGUUACGGAUAUGGCUAUGGAUAUGGUUACAAUUACGGACUUCCCAACUACUAUUAUGAUAGAUGGGGGACUACCUGUUACCAACCUCGAAGGCCCCGCUUUGGUGGAGGAUAUAGAUGUACCUAUUAUUCAGAUUGGUGGUCCUCUUCUUUGAUCAGAGGUUAUAGAAGUCUCUGGAGAUCCAGUCACUACCAAGCCGUCAUGCCAACCAACGCUAGAUUCCUCUCGUUUUUCUAUUAUUCCUUGAAUUACUAUUACGCCUGGAUCGAGCGUGAUGUCUUUGCUCGCUUUUACUGCUGCGGAUCAGCCGGAGGAAGAUACUGCAACCUUUAUGAGAGUCGUCGGCCACAGGCUCACUGCUGGGGAUACAUACCUCCGAGGUUUGGAUGGUUCUGGGGCGAUCCUCAUAUCAGUAGCAUCGAUGGCAAGAAGUACACUUUUAAUGGACUUGGUGAAUACCUGUUGAUGUCUUACAGUCAUGGAGAUCCGUUCGUUUUACAAUCAAGAACUGGCAAGGCCUAUAACAACAGCAAGCCUGUUGAACAUGGAACAGUAUUCACAGGAUUCGCUGCAACACAAAGUAUCACCAAGGUUGAAUUCCAGCUGAAUGACAACAGAACAGAAAUGAAUAUUCUUGUUAAUGGUUCCUCCAUUAAUAUGACGGCCUUCUUGGAAGAUGGAUUUGAUUCUCUGGACCAGACGUUUAUCUUAUCCUCAGAAGGCUCAGAUAAUGAGACCGAAUCUGAGGAUGAGAUCAAGGUCACAGCUCUCUUUCAACCAGACGGUUAUCCGAGUACGUCCUUCACUGUGACCUUCAAGAAUGCGAUCUUGGAUAUAGGUGUCAUGGUGCCAUCUGAGUAUGCAGAGCGUGGGACCGGCAGGGGUCUGCUUGGAAAUGUUAAUGGGAACAAAUCAGAUGAUUUCCUGCUCAGGAAUGGAACAAUAUUGAUGGACCCGCCUGGAAGAAAUUUGACAGACAGAGAGAUAUUCCAAUUUGGACAGUCUUGGCAAAUUAGUGAAGAUGAAUCGCUCUUUGAGUAUGGCGACAGAGAUUGGAGUUCCUACAAUCCUAGCAACUACACACCAAUCUUCCAAGACGAUCUGCUUGCUCUUGAUCCCGUGCGAACCGCAGCGGCCCGUGAAGCUUGCGGGGAGAACGAAGCUUGCGUCUUCGACUACCUCGCCGUAAACCCUGAUAUGGGUCAACAGACGAUGAGCACUGAAGACCAACUCGACAAUGAUCUCCAAAGCCUUGAUAACUUCCCACCAAACAUUACUAGCGUGACAGAGAUUACCGAUACCGAUGCUUUACAAGGCGAUGAUGUUCUCUUUAUGCAAGUGGAUGUGAACGUUACCUUGAAAAUCAUCGCCGACGACCCUAACGAAGGAGAUGUAGUAGAUUUUAUUUUCAACAGUACAGCACCAGAUGGCGCCAGUAUUAACUCGGAUGGUAUCUUUACAUGGAUACCCCCUAACCUAAACGUAACCUCCAUUGAGAUCAUUGCGACGGAUAACCGGAAUGCACAGACAUCUAUCCAAUACAAGGUUCUUGUCUGUGAAUGCCAGAACAAUGGUGUAUGCGACUUCGAAGACCAAGCCGAGGGCCAAGACCUGAAUGCCAAUGGCUUCGCGGUGGUCACGUGCAAUUGCACUGAUGGGUGGUCAGGUGACCACUGUGACGUGGACUACGAUGCAUGUGAGGGCAGCGGGCCCUGUUAUGAGGGGGUUAUCUGCUACGACGAGCCUCCAUCUGCGGAUGAAGAAUAUAGAUGCGGACCCUGCCCUCCCCAGCUGACAGGCAACGGGAGCAACUGCUUUGACUUUAAUGAGUGCGAUGGAGAUACCAAUGAUUGCAAGCAGAAUUGUGAAAACAUUCUGGGAUCUUACACCUGCUCGUGCGACCCUGGUUUUGUUCUUAACCUUGAUCAGCGAUCGUGUGACGAAUUAAGUGAGUGUGACGAAGCCCUGAUGAAUUCUUCUGGCUCUAAAAACUGCACCUGUGAUUAUGGCUUCCAACUUGUAAAUGGGACUUGUUCAGAUUUUGAUGAAUGUGAUGCGGGUGUUGACGAAUGUCAAUCAGGAAUAUCCACAUGCAACAACCUCCCUGGAGAUUAUAACUGCGCCUGUCUUCCAGGAUAUGAAAGCAUAUCACCCAAAGAGUGUAAAGAUAUCGACGAGUGUGACCUCAUGAUGGAUGACUGCAACACAGCAAACAAUUUGGUCUGUAUGAAUACCCAGGGUAACUUUUCCUGUGUCUGCAGAGAGAAUACGUUCAAUAUCGGUGGAACUUGCGAAAAUGCGCUGACGUUAUCUCUUGGUAUUGGAUUUACUUUUAUCAGCGGUUUUGGAAUCGAAUUAAACCCGGAAGUAAUUGAAUCAGAAGAGACUCAGAGUGAACUGGCUCAAGAUGUGUUCCUAUACCUUAAUGCAUCAUCGCACCUAAGUGAUGGCACGCUGCUGGCCUUGUCUGUGCAGAACUAUAGUUUACCCGGAAGUUAUGCCCUGGUCUUCUUCCGGGUUGAUCUAAGCGAUGGCACGCCCUUGAAUAGCUCGAGUCUGGAGAAGAUUUUCGUGGAAUUACUCCCGGAUUCACGACUUAUUGAACCAUCUCAUAUUGUCAGACCAGAAGAUAUCAACGAAUGUGAGUUGUCUGAAGAUGCCUGCCGCAAUGGAGAGUGUACGAAUACUGAUGGGGGCUUCUAUUGUACCUGUGACGAAGGGUUCUAUCUUGGAAUGGGAAACGACUCUUGCUUAGAUAUUAACGAAUGCCUGGGAGUUCACGAUUGUGACCAAACCUGUGUCAACUCACCCGGAAAUUAUUCCUGUUCCUGUCAACCAGGCUUUGUACUUCUCGAUGACAGGGUUUCAUGCAGCGAAAUCAAUGAAUGCGCGUCCGAUCCUUGUCAAAACGGAGCGACCUGCAGGGAUGAGAUCAACAUGUAUACGUGUACCUGUGCUCUUGGCUACAAUGGAACCAACUGCGAAACCGGUGAUUCUACAAAAUUCUCUUUGGAUACUAAAUUUUAA